AUGGCGGAUCCCAACCAGCGCUGGGGGUUCCCCCGCCUGCGCCGAUCCGCGACUUCUUUUCCUGGCAAUCUGCAUUUGGUAUUGGUGCUCCGCCCCUCUGGCUUGUUAAGCUCCGCCCCCAGUCCGUCCUCGAGCACUGACCUGGGCUGUCGCUUCAGCCAGGAUGACUUCCUGCUAAAGAUGCCGGUGGUGAUGCUGCGUUCAGUUGGUGACCUGCUGCGCUACAUCGAUGAACACCACCUGGCAUCGGACUUUACUGCAAAAGUAGAAUGUUGCCAGAGCGACUGGGUCAUCCUCCGCUCGUCCAUUGAGACCUUUGCGGUGACGGUGAAGGAGAUCGCUCAGCUGCUGCAAGGUUUUGGUUCUGAGCUGUCCGAUACCGAACUUCCGGAUGAAGCGACCGCCAUCGAGUUCCUGGAGCACUCACACACCCACCGAUACCGACAGAUGAAGGAUGAUAUCUGCGGGGUGCUAAAAGAAGGACGCCUGUUGUUGUCCAACCUGGAAACCGUCAAAGCUGCUAAGAAAAACGUAGAAGAAGAAAGAGAAAUACAGUCGGACAUGGAGACAGUUCAGAGACUCUUAGCACAACUCAGAGACAUGGAGGAGGCGUUUGAUGGUUUCUUCGACAAACACCACCUAAAGCUGCAGCAGUACCUCCAGCUGCUGCACUAUGAGACCAGCUUCCAGCAGAUGGAUGAGGUGCUGGAGUGUCUUUCUGCCCAAGAGAAGGAGAUUGCCUCAGUGGGAACCACUGUGGUUCAGACAGAGCAGUUCCUUAAAGACCUGGACACUCUGGACAAACACGCUGAGGAGGAGAUGGCCCGAGCUCAGGUGGUGAUCCUGCACGGCCACCAGUUGGCUGCCAAUCACCACUAUGCUUUGGCUCUAAUCGUCCAGCGCUGCAAUGAGCUGCGACAUCACUGUGACGUCAUCAGCACUGCCAUCCGCUCUAAGAGAGCCUCCCUGAUCCGAACCAGAGACCUGCUGCUGCGCCUCGAAGAGGCGCUUCGUUGGUGCGACGAGGGCGCCUACUUGCUUGCGAGUCAGAUGGUGGACAAGUUUCAAACUCGAGAAGGAGCUCAGGAGGCGCUGCAGUACCUGAGCAGCCACCAGGGGAGGUCGCCGUCUGCGCUGAAGACCAGCGAGGACACCCUGAGCCUGGAGUUUGAAGCCAUCCUCACCCCUCAGCUGCAGUCUCAGGUUACCAUGGUAACUGAGAAGCUGAGCUCGGUUCAGUCCAUGAUUCGAAACAGAGAGCAGUGUCUAAAGAAGCUGGCAGAUGUGCAGGUUCGACCCAUACAGCUGGUGGCUCCUCGACCCGAACCUGACCAGAUGUUACUGCGCUGCGUGUCCCCGCUGUUCUCCCCCAAACAUGGUGUUGACUUCAAUGUCUUGAACUCAAAGUUCUCCUUUGACCUGCUUCCUGGUAAAAAAGCUGCAAGGAGGAACAACAACCAGCGCAAGAUUGAAGUGAUGCAUGAUUACCAGGGUAUCCGCAGUUGUCUGUACGGCCCCCACCCUGAAACUGACUCAGAAACGGAGGACAAUCCAGAGCAGGUCACACGCCACAUUAUAAAAGAACUGAUAGCUACGGAGAGGAUCUAUGUGGACGAGCUGCUCUCUGUCCUACUGGGCUACAGGGCAGAAAUGGAGGACCCCUCAAUGGCUAAUCUUCUUCCCUCGGCUCUCCGCAGCCAGAAAGAUGUUCUGUUUGGCAACAUGCCAGAGAUUUACCAGUUCCACAGCAGGAUCUUCCUCCAAGAUCUGCAGAGUUGCCUGGAAACACCAGAGAGGGUGGGGGUUUGCUUUCUGCAACGGAAGGAGAAGUUCCAGGUGUAUGAGCGCUACUGCCAAAACAAACCUUGCUCCGAGUUGCUAUGGAGACAGUGCUCGGAGUCACCCUUCUUUCAGGAGUGCCAGAAGAAGUUGGACCACAAGUUGGGUCUUGAUUCAUACCUCCUGAAGCCGAUCCAACGCCUCACCAAGUACCAGCUGCUGCUAAAGGAGCUCCUGAAGCACUGUGUGGAUGAGCUGUACCGCUGUGAACUGCAGGAGGCUCUGGACUCCAUGCUGGAGCUGCUCAAGUCUGUCAACGACUCCAUGCAUCAGAUAGCCAUCACUGGUUAUCAGGGUGAUCUCAGCCAGCUGGGUCGUGUAAUCCUCCAGGGGAGCUUCAGCGUGUGGAUCAGUCACAAACGGGCAGCAGUGCGAAUGAAAGAGCUGGCCAGAUUCAAACCCAUGCAGCGACAUCUCUUCCUCUACGAGCACGCGCUGCUCUUCUGCAAGAGAAGGGACGAGGACAACCACGACCGAACGCCCUUCUACAGCUUCAAAUCCUGCCUCAGAAUGAGCUCAGUGGGGAUCACAGACAAUGUGAAAGGAGAUGUGAAGAAAUUUGAAAUCUGUUACAGUGGCCGUGAAGUGGUGUACAUCGUUCAGGCGCCCUCGGUGGAGGUCAAAGUCGCCUGGCUGAUGGAGAUUCAGAAAAUUCUUACCAACCAGCAAAAUCUACAUCAAGAUGAGCCUUCGUCUCUUCAUUCUUCAGACAACCUUCUUUCUGACAGUGCAUCAGAGGUGUGUGUGUCGUGGGGCAGCGCGCCGGUGGAAGGCUGCUCAGCGUGUCUUCCUGUUCCUCACAGCUCCUCGGCAACAAGCCACUCCCACAGGUUCAGACGGGAGGAGUCCACUCAUUCAAGCCCCGCCCACUCAGAGCCCGUAGUUCAUUCACCUCGGCGCAGUUGGCCUGUUCCUGCUCACUCCGUGGCGAUCUGCGAGGGCCUGGAGGACUGGGGAGCUACGGACCUCUCUGCUAUAUCAGACUCGGAGGAAGAGGAUCAGCCUUCACCUCUGGUGGCGGGCAGGUACAGGGUCAUGGUGGAAAGCAGCAUGGCCAGCACUGAUGACAUCAUUUUUAACUGUGGCGAUGUCAUCCAGCUGCUGCAUGAGGACUCGUCAGGAAUGUGGAUAGUGAAGAAUAUCAGUCGUGGGGAGGAAGGUCGUGUUCAGCCUGAAGACUUGCACAGGAUUCUGGGAGAGACCUGCUGAGAGCCAAUCCAAUCAGAUUAGAUGACCCAGCAUACUUUCUUCUGUUUUUGCCUCUGGUUUGGGUCACUAUUUACCCAGACAUCCCACCAA